AUGUCUUCGAGUGCUGAUACUCGGGUUGUGGUGGCCAUCGAUUUUGGAACCACCUAUUCCGGAUUUGCGUAUGCUCAUAAAUCGAAUCCCGGUGAAAUCAUUGUACAAGAUUAUUGGAAAGAUUUCAGUGGGUAUUUCAAAACACCGACGGUCAUAAAAUAUGACGAUUCCUACACGAUGGUCGAAUCAUGGGGACUACCAGCAUUAGCAAAAAAACCUAUUAGUCGAAGGCAACCUCUUCAACCUUCAUCGAAACCUAUCGAAUUGUUUAAAUUGCAUCUACUAGGAAGGUCGUUGAGAGAUAAGGACAAACCAACUUUACCGGAUGGAUUAGAUUACAAGAGAGUUAUUAAAGACUAUCUGGAAAAAUUACGUUUCGAUGUUGAAAAAAACGUGAAGAAUCAUUGGUCAACGUUGGAUUUCUACAAGCAGGUUGCCAUCGUAAUGACGGUUCCCGCGGAAUUCAAUGACAAUGCAAUUUCAAUAAUGCGUGAAUGUGCAUUUGAGGCAGGGUUGAUCAGAGAAAAAGAUAGUGAAAAUUUGACAUUUACAACGGAACCUGAAGCUGCAGCAAUUCAUUACAUAAGUUCUCUAGAAAGGGAAUACCAUUUGAAUCCGGGAGAUUCGUUUAUGGUAGUUGAUUGCGGUGGGGGCACGGUGGACUUGACAGUGCGAGAAUUGUUAGAUGACAAUCAAUUGGUUGAAAUAACUGAACGUAAAGGUGAUUGUUGUGGUUCAAGUUAUAUAGAUAAGGCGUUUAUCGAAUUUCUUGGUAAUAAAAUGGGAAAAUCGACUAUCGAUACUCUAAAAAAGGAUUAUUACCGUUAUCUGCAGUACAUGGUGCAAGAAUUUUGUAAGAACGUUAAAUUUCGAUUCACGGGAAAAGAAGAAGAUUUUGAUUAUUCCGGCAUUGACCUGGAUGAUUACGGGACAAUGAAAUUAUGCGUUGAGGGUGAAGAAAAGGAUCAACUGGAAAGAGAUGAAUGGUUGAUCAAUAUUGACUUUAAUGACGUCAAAGGAAUGUUUGAUCCGGUGAUAGAAAGAAUUAUUGUAUUGGUGAAAGAUCAGUUGUUACAGUCGAGACAGCGUGAAAAAAAGGUUUCCCUAAUGUUGCUGGUGGGUGGAUUUAGCGAAUCCGAAUAUUUGCAAACCAGAAUUAGACAAGAAUUUUCAAGUGUGGUGCCAAAUAUCUCUGUGCCUCUUCGGCCUAUCAUAGCUGUAAUGAAAGGAGCUGUAAAAUUCGGUCUGUCGGAAAAAACGAUAAAGAAUCGUGUGUUAAAGUGGAGUUACGGCACUGAUAUAUUGCGAAGAUGGAGAUCCAUCGAUCCGUUGCCACAACGACUUCCAAACGGGUACAUAAAAGUAUUUGAAAAACUUGCAGAACGUGGCAAGUCGAUUAGAUUAAAUGAGGAAGUUACCAAACGAUUUAAGCCGUAUUCGUCGAUUCAGGACAAAAUAUACAUGGAUAUGUAUGUUACUCCAUCCUUUGACGUGGAGUAUUUUGACGACCCCGAAAUGAAUUUGCUUCGAAAAUGGGAAAUUAAUUUAGAUAGUUAUGAGGAUGAUGUAACUUUUUUAUUAACCCUAAAAUUUGGCCACGUAGAAAUUUUAGCCACCGCGGUGAACGAGAAAACUGGUGUGACAAAAGAAGUCACGUUUAAAUAUGACCUAGACUAA